CCGGAAGAACCCGACAUUAUGCGCAACCCGGAGACCUGAAAACACAAGUCUCUGUGCAUAAUCAAACCCGUUUCUUUCACAUCGAUUUGGGUGCAACGACAUCAUGCCCGUCACAUGCGCGUCAUUGGGAUGCAACAAUAAGUUUGUGAAGGGGUCGGACAUACGAUUUUAUCGGUUCCCACUGAGCAAACCGUCACUCUCCGCCAGAUGGGUUCAGAGUCUGGGGUUGAGAAACUUCAUCCCAACUGCCAACACCUGCCUGUGUUCAGAACAUUUUUCACCUGACUGCUUCAGGGACUACAAUGGAAAACAGUUUCUGAGGGAGGAUGCUGUGCCGUCCUUGUUCCCUCACGGCCAAGACGCUUUAAAGAUUGAACUACGAAAACGACAAUCGAUGCCCCUUCCUAAGGAUAUCAGUGUCACAAACAUGGGGUCACAGGCAGAGAGGGACAAAGCGAGAGAUUUGGCCAUUCUACGCAGAGAAAAGAGAGGUAGUGCAAGAGGUGGACGAGGUGGCCGCGGUGGAAAACUCUCUGACAGGCAGAGUCUUGGAGGCAAGAGCAGAGUCUACGAUAGCAAAGGACGACUACUGUCCAACGGCAAGGACAUGUGCGACUGUUUGGAUGUGGACUGCAUGGGUUGCUUCUACCCCUGCUCCGACUGCAGCUCACGCAAGUGUGGAUUUGAGUGCCGCUGUGACAGGAAGUGGCUUUAUGAGCAGAUGGAGGUGGAGGGAGGCGAGAUCAUCCGCAACAAAUUUGCUUUUUAAUAAAGCAAGAUAAACUGUAUCUACACUCAUUGGCCACAAUCUAAUGGGAUCCAGUGGAGCUUUGGAUGCAAUCCUACACAAGAAAUGUCACUAACGUUUCCAUGCGUAGUGGCCUACAGUGGUGUAGAAGUGCAUUACAUCAUAGUAUGAUGAUCAUACUUAGCCUUUUACCUUUAACUACACAAGAGGGGCAAAAUAUUGGAGCUUUUACAAUGGAUCUUAUUAACCGGUGUUAAGUGUACCUAAUAUUUUUGCCUGUAAGUGAUGGACUCGUUCUAAAAGGCUCCAUAAAAAGAUGCGCGGAACCAGAUCUUGCUUCUUCACACAAUUCAACUUAACCCAGAUGUUGGGCGUAUGAAGGACCUUUUUUUU